GGCAGUUGGUGAUGGCAGAACCGAAACGGACGUUUAUAAAGUCGAAUGUCUCGCAUGUUUUUAAAUCGUUUUAAUUAAAUAUUCGUGCAAAUAAAGCGGUCUAAAUUUUAAAUACGGCUUCGAAUAUUAUUCAAAAAUUUAAACAAAUUUCAGAGAGUGAAUAAUGCUUUUGCAAAAAGCAUCUCAGGGCUCAAACAUUUUUAAAACAUCGAUGUAUCGAUGAUCCGUCCGUGUUUUUUCCAUCUCUAAUUUAAAAUGUUAGAUCUAAUGUGCAGCUCCGGAGUGAUAAAACGGAACCGUCUCUGAAUACAGCCGCCGCACCCACGCGUAGAAAUCAGAAAGCCAAAUCACAAUUAACAGCCUAAACAGAGGAAACACAAGCGAAAUGAGCGGCCGAGGGAGCCGUAAACGUGGUCGGCCGCCAAAGACGCCGAAUGAGCGGGCAUCAGGACGAUUCAGCUACCAACUGCUCAAGAAGCCGAAAUAUCUAAGCGAGGGUAAGUCGCAGCCCAGCACUCCGUCAGCCUCCAGGGGCAUUUCCCCGCAGAGCGACGAGGGCAGCCGGAGCAGCCACAACAAUCACAACCGUAGCAGUCGAGGAAGCGCCGCCAAAAGGGGACGCGGACGCAAGUCCACUGUGCAACCCAAUACUAGCAGUUACGCCGGCAGGAAAGGGUACGAGUCAGAAUAUCACUACGGCUCGGAUUUUGGAGAUUCCGAAGAGGACAAGUCAGAGAAUGAGGAUGAUAUGCUACUCACACCCAGCGACGACGAAAGCCUGGACCCAGCAAAUGAAAGCGAGUCCGAAUUCUCCGUAUGCAGUUUCAAUCAAAACGGAGCUGGCCGACCCCCGCGUCCUCCCAGCCCGGAACCCGUGUGGCUGCAAGAAGGACGCCAAUAUGCAGCACUGGAGUUACCAGAGUCCUCCGAGGACUUGUCCAUAUCGAAUGCCCAUGUAUUACGCGCCCUUAGUAUCUAUGAAGUACUUCGACGCUUUCGCCACUUGGUACGCCUGUCGCCAUUCCGAUUUGAGGACUUUGCCGCAGCGCUUGCCUGCGACGAGCAGAGUGCUCUACUGACGGACAUUCACAUAAUGCUGCUGAAGGCGAUCCUGCGAGAAGAGGAUGCGCAGGGCACACAUUUCGGUCCGCUGGAUCAAAAGGAUACGGUUAACAUCAGCCUGUAUCUGAUAGACACUAUAACGUGGCCAGAGGUGUUGCGCAGCUACGUGGAAAGUGACAAGACAUUCGAUCGGAAUGUGUAUCACAUUUUGAGUAGAACCGAAUACCCAUACACGGCCAUUGACAACCGUCUCGAAGUGCUCCAGUUUUUGGCAGACCAAUUUCUAACUGCCAAUUCUGUGCGCGACGUAAUGCUCCAGGAGGGACCGAUUCAUUACGAUGAUCACUGCCGCGUCUGCCACCGACUGGGUGACUUGUUAUGCUGUGAAACCUGCCCGGCCGUCUAUCACUUGGAGUGUGUGGAUCCACCCAUGAACGAUGUGCCCACUGAGGACUGGCAGUGCGGACUUUGUCGUUCACACAAAGUCAGUGGCGUAAUCGACUGCGUGCUGCCCCAGGAGAAGCAGGGGGUCCUCAUCCGGCACGACAGUCUGGGUGUUGAUCGUCAUGGCCGCAGAUAUUGGUUCAUUGCACGCCGCAUUUUCAUCGAGGACCAAACCGACUGCAGUUGCUGGUACUACAGCACGACAAGUAAGCUAAAAAUGCUUCUCAAUCGGCUGGACCCCGAGGAACUGGAAGCCCGUCUGCAUGCCCAGCUGCUGGAGCGCAGGGAGGAAAUUGAGCGCCAAAUGAAACUGACUGAGACGCUAACCAAUGAGCACAAGCACACCAAGCGGAGUCUAAUUGAGAUUGAACAAGAGGCUACAAACGAACAACUUGAAAAAGAGGCAACGGAGGCGGCAUCGGCAGCCGAGGGGGGUGAUGCCAAGUCUGAAAGCCAACCGCCGGCAGAGGGUACAAAGAAACAGGAGGAAUCUAAAAUGGUGACGCGACAAAAGUCAAAUCAGCUGAGCAACGGCACGCUUUAUUUCAAGCUUGGAAUGGAGCAGGGAUUCAAAAACUAUAUCAAUCAGUAUUCCACAAACCCCAUUGCAUUAAACAAGCCGCAGCGGAACGAGGAGCGGGACAAGCGCCGUCAUCUGUCCCACAAGUUUUCCCUAACAACUGCCUCAGACUUUAAGUGGAUUGGCAUUACCAUGGGUUCAACCGAGAAUAUGAUCACCACACUCAGGCAAACUCUGAUCAACUUUGAGUCGAAUAUAGCAGCGCCUUUCCUGAACCCCAACUGGGUGGCUAAUAAGAAGGUCUGGAACACUGCUGUCCUAAACGCUCGCCGGGCCACGGAUUUUGCGGCUGUAUUGUUGCUAUUUCAAUCAUCCUUAAAAAGCGUUGUCUUCGCCAAUGUCUGGCACGAGCAACUGGGCCACACAACGCUCCAGCGCAUAACCAGUGGCGAGCGAGAAGAGCGAAAGAAGCUGGAGAAGCGAGAGAAGCGGGAGCGGGAUGACGAGGAAGAGCGAAAUCGUUUGGCCUUCAACUACAUCAAGUAUUCCCUGGGCCUCAAGCACCAAGUCUGGAAGCAGAAAGGCGAGGAGUAUCGUGUGCAUGGACAGUGGGGCUGGCUCUGGCUCUCAAGCAGCCGACGCUGCGGUGUUCGUGCCAGACGAGCUCAACCCUUAGUGGCCAACAGGGUCUACGUACACUACACCAUGGGGGAGGAGAAGGCCGUCAAUGAAAUUAUAUUGGUUGAUCCACGGACGCAGCGAUUUAUGCAGCAAUGUGAGUCGAGCAAUGUAGAUGGCCAGGUGUGCCAUUACUUACCAGAGCAAUACACAAAUGUGAAACUAAUUGAGGAUGUCAAGGACAAGGUCAAGGGAUUUAUAGAUGUAAGCAAAGCCCUCAAUACUCCAGGCCGAGUUUACUAUCCCAAAGUGGCUCGAAAAUGUCGCCUAGAUGAUCUAUUGGAGCGCCGUAUGAAAUUGGCGGAGGUCGAGGAGCAAAUAGCUGGUAAACUUGACACCGAUCUGAAGCCAUUGGUAACUUCGCAACCUCAGGGGGCUGCUGUCAACAGCAAGCAGCAGACCCAUCUGGAGAAGCGUCUUCUACGCCUGACUGAAGUCGCGGCCAAGGGUGGUCCUGCCAACGUGAACCUGGAGCUUGUAAACACACUGGCCAAGCAAAUUCAAACGGUGCGCCUGCAGUUCAGUCAACUGAAUCGAUUCGCCAAGACCUUCCGUUGCUACACAAAGGAAUGCAACACAAACUCAAAUGCUGUAUCUCAAAUAACACAAAACACUUGCUACUCGCCGUUGUGCCUCCAAAAAGCGCGGGCCAAGAAGGAACUUUUACUUCUGCUGCGAAAGGCUCACACUGCGGGCAAUGGCUCCAAGGAGACCGUUGCGGCCAUCUUGGGAGCUGUUAAAAAACCCUCCAUUCUCGAGCAGAAGCUCACAGAGGGCAAAAGGGAUUCCAGCCAGAUAGCAGCAGAUGAGUCGGAAGAUGGCAAAUCACCAGAGUCCGAAGCCCCGCUGGACUUGCUGCACGAUUGGGAGCAGGCGAGAUCACAUGCUGUUCAUUUUACAGACGAGUAUCUAGCCGAGUUCCUGCUGACGGAACUCGAUUCAUCCGGCACUAAAGUUAAGGAUGAAGACAAUCCCAGUAGCGGCAGCAACACCACUCCCGAUUCAAACACUCAGGACUCGGACAAAAUGGACUACAUCGAGAGCAUGGAUGUUUGCAGUAAUGUGGAAAUUGAGAGCACUGAGGAUUCCCUAGUGGCCGGUUUAACGGCCGCCUGUGCUGGUGGCAACGCCGAAGACAUUGAGAUGACUCCCGGCUGGCGGCGAAAGCGCAAUCCGAAAUCUAAAAAGUCGUAUAUCGGCACUAAGGAUGUUUUGGAUCAAACGUUGGACAAGGAUAUACCGCUCAACAAGCAGAACCGAAGGUUUCCCAUCACUCCUCGUCCCGUGAAGCGUGAGUGUGUGAAGAAGUAUGAACGGGAGUAUUACGAGAAUGGAACGGAACGCGUGUAUUCAGCAAAUUCUCCUCGGGGUCGUGUUUACCUCCUCAAUGACGCAGCCAAACUGUACGAGUUGGCGGUAAAAACCGAGGACAAGGCCACAAUUUCCAAGAAGCCAGCGGCGUAUUCGAGGUACCCUCUCAUUUCCACUUUCCUCACCCAUAAAAAGAAGCGUAGCCUCUUGGUGUUGCCGCGUUUCGAGCUCCUCAAGUUGGCCCGUUUGGGCGGAAAAUCAGCCGCUAAUGGUUUCCAUCACGCGGCGAAAAACAACACUAUCUGGCAAUACCAAUGCUCCCGACCCCUAUUUCGAACCUGCUGGUCCUAUCGCACCUCCAACGCCACAACUCUGUCCAGCCUGGCCCUUCAGCUGCGCAUAUUGUGGUCAUGUCUGCGCUGGGACGACAUGAUAGCGAAGCCACCGUCCACAGAUGGCAAGCAUCAGGUGACCACGGACACGGAGAUUGUCACCUUGGAGUUGCUUAAACUUCGACAUGCAGGCCGGUAUGGAGAGAAGACAAGCUACUUAAGGCGAAAAGUAGUCAUCCCACUGGAAAUGCCAAAGACUAUUAGAGAAGUAACAUCGAUAAGGUCUGGCCUGCGAAAACGAAAACGCGCUGAAUCUCCUCAGCCAACUGAGCCACAAAUAAGCGAGGAAUGGGUCGAGGAAGAUAAACUGGAGCUGUGGGAAAUCAAGUUUAUUGGCGAGAAACAGGAGAAGGCGCGUCUGUCCACAGUGACACGAUCCGUGACAUCUCGCCAAAUAGAAGCAAGUGGUAAUAAUGGUCCAAGCUCUUCAAAUGACACAUCUAGUGGAUCUGGACGACUCCAAUUGGCUCCAAAAUCGAGCGAAGAUGUUAAAGAGAAAAUGGAGCAACAACUGAAACUGCAACGCGCUGUUCAUCAGCAGCGAAAACUGGUCGGCAGCAGCGAGGUGACUCGUUCCAUAACCCCAGUUAAAGGACAGGUUAUUGGCAGCAGGCGCGUGAUUGUAAAGAAUCCCGAUGGCACAACUCGAAUUAUUCAGCAGGCUGUGACACAGGUUGCUCGCACACCAGCUGGAAACGGAAACACAUCGGGCACAUCUGGUUCCUCUGCCGUAGCCAGCACGUCCAGCACGCCGUCUGCUCCAUCUACCCCAACGCCGCACAAGGUACAGAUCAUAAGAGGGCCAGAUGGUAAAGUGAGUGUUCGCGGCUUAAACCCUGGCCAACAGCUUGUGCAAAUGCCGGAUGGAAAACUACAUGUGCUAACCACCACAAGUGCAUCAUCAAAUGCUUCGACGCCGGGAAACAAGAUCAAAGUGCCCAUUAAAGCGGUUUCGACUCCAUCAUCGCCAGCGGCAACAGCCACUGCCACGACGCCGGUGACUCCUCUGAUUAAACAAAUCGCAGUGAAACAGGUGUCAAGAACGCCCGGCACCCCGGCAAUGGCUUCGUCGCAACGCGUGGCUUUGCCGCUAGCUCAAAUAAAAAAUAAACUGCUGCUGGCCCAGCAGCAGCAGCAGCAACAACAAGCAGCCGCUUCUGGCUCGGCUACAUCAUCGCCGUCCUUGCAAAAGACAGUGACAAAGGUGCUAAACACCUCUGCGCCUGGCCAAAACUUGCAGCAAGUAUUCGUGCAAUCAGGAUCUAAAUUUGUGGUUGGCCAAAAUGCUCAGGGACAGAAGGUUAUUAUAUCCACAGCGUCGGCACAACAACAAGGCACUUCGCCGGUGCAACAACAGCAGCAGCUUGUGCAAUCUCAAGUCAUUCAGCAGGCGCCACAGCAGCAGCAAACGCAGCAAAUAGCUCUCAACCAGGCGGGAAGUCAGCCCACACAAAAGGUGAUCCAGCAAAUUGUAAACACCAGCAAUGUGCAGCAGCAGAUUGUGGUGGGCGGGCAACGCAUCAUUCUGAGCCCCGGCCAGACAAUAGUUACCCAGCGUAAUGUCCCGCAGAGCCAAGCCCUGCAGAUGGUGCAGCAGCAGAUUCAGACUCAACAACAGCAGCAGCAGCAGCAGCAGCUAGUUCAGCCACAGCAACAACAAUUUGUGGUACAAACCAACCAAGUCCUUCAAUCCUCGCCAAGUACUCAACCGAAAUUGGUUAAGCAGCUGGUAGUGCAACAGCCGGUCGAGGAGAAAACUCAGACGAACACUGCCGAGUCGAGUGAGUCUGGAAUACAACAAGUCCUCGUUCCAAACUCAACACUGGCCCAGCAACUGGCGCAGGGCAAACUGCAGGUGGCCACGGUGAAUGGCCAACAAGUUAUAGUGAAGCCAUUGGGUAAUAAUCAGGCGCAAAUUGUGGCACAUGUCAAGCAUCAGGGCGAUGGCAAUGCUCACAUUGUGACCAAUAAUUCAUCCACAGCCGUGGCACAAGCCAGUCCACAGAGCUCGCCAGUCAAGCAGCAGCAGCAGCAAGCGCUACCCACACAGAGCCCACAGCAAGUGGUUGUCCAACAGCAGCAAUCAACCUCCAGCUAUGAGUCAUUGGCUCCACAACAGCAGCAGCAGCCUGUUGUAACCCAAACCGUGCAGGGGCAGCCCAUGAGUGUCGAGGAAAGUCUCCUCCAGAACCAACCACCUGGAACGGUUAUCAAGUGUGUCACCGCUCAGGUUUUGCAAACCGAGCAUGGGCCACGCAUUGUCCUGCAGGGCCUGGUGGGCAAUGACUUUACGGCACAGCAAUUGCAGUUGGUGCAGACACAGGUCAAGCAGCAGCUAAUGAAAGCCCAAGAAUCCAAUGGAAAACUCGGAGUUUUGGGGCCCACAAAAAUUUACCUGGCCGUUCAGCCGGAAACAGCAGUCCAAUCGCAACCUCCUCCACUCACCCCAGUGCACCAGUCGGCUACGCAUCAACAAACCAACAUCGAGAACGACGCCACUGGGCAAACCACUACUUAUGAAGCCAGUCCAACAAUUAGAAUUAAUUCCAUAAACAAUGGCAAUGAGCAGGAGCAUAGUAACAACUGUGCACAAACCGAAACCACUAAUAUAACAAUUAACAAGCCCUCUGUCGGUGCUUCUUCCCUAUUAGAGGGCCUAGAGCAGGGCGACAAGCCGUCAAACCAUACCGAUACCGAGUCACCAUCAACAACAGGCGAGGAGGACAAACCGAGCGAGAGUUUUGUUGUCACAAGCGGUUACAUACAGCAGUCCAUUUCAAAUGCUUUGAGGCAGGGUAACCUAAGUCCAGAACUUGAGGAGAAAUUGGUUAAUAUGCAGAAACAACAAGAGCAACAAAUGGCCAACAAUUCGGACAACGAUGAAGUCCACACACCAAGUCGCCGAAACAUUCUAUCCCGCCAGCAGAACAAUGACAAUGGUGAAUGGAAGGCUCGGACUCCUCUAAGACGCCCGAAUGCCAUGACCACUUGCAGCCAAUUCAAUCGAGGCCUCAAAAAGAGUCGCAGACCGAACGAAGAAGACGUUGAAGAGCUCGAAGAGGAGAAACAAACCAAACUAGAACGGCACAAGGAACUGCUCAAAAAGAGCAUCUUGCGUAAACGCUCUUUGCUAGAACGUAAUUUACAAAACGAAAUACGGGAAGAGGUACAAACUAAGGUUCAGCGACAUGGACGUCCCAUGAGUAUCGCCUCACCUGAGGAGCAAAGCGAGAAUGAACGCAGCUUCUCAGAUCGCCGUAGGGAAUCAGAUGUCGAACUAAAGAGAUCCGAGCCAAAUUCUCACAACAACAGGCAUGGUGUUGGCCGGCCAAAGAAGUUGACCAAAAGAAGGGAGAAGCUUUACUGCGUCUGCCGUACUCCAUAUGAUGAUACAAAGUUUUACGUUGGCUGCGACUUGUGCAGCAAUUGGUUCCAUGGCGACUGCGUCAGUAUUACCGAAGAAGCAUCGAAAAAACUGUCGGAAUUUAUUUGCAUUGACUGCAAGAAGGCGCGGGAAACGCAACAGCUUUACUGCAGCUGCCGUCAGCCUUACGAUGAAUCGCAGUUUUAUAUAUGCUGCGACAAAUGCCAGGACUGGUUCCAUGGGCGUUGCGUGGGAAUUCUGCAGAGCGAAGCCGAGUUCAUUGAUGAAUACGUGUGCCCAGAGUGUCAGCGAAAAACAGAUGCAAACUCUGCUAAUAUGAAGACUCUUACUGCCAAUGAAAUUCAAGAGUUGAAAGCAUUAAUCAAGCAAAUACAGGUCCACAAAAGUGCUUGGCCAUUUAUGGAACCGGUUGAUCCGGAAGAAGCACCGGACUACUACAAAGUUAUUAAGGAGCCCAUGGAUCUCAAGAAAAUGGAAAGUAAACUGGAUGCAAACGCCUACACAAAACUAGCCGAAUUCAUAGGCGAUAUGACCAAGAUAUUUGACAAUUGCCGGUACUACAACCCCAAGGAAUCGUCCUUUUACAAGUGUGCUGAAGCCUUGGAAUCAUACUUUGUGCAAAAGAUAAAAAAUUUCCGCGAAACUGUGUUUGGCCAAAGUAGUUAAGAGACGAGACACCUAUGCCAGUCCAGGCCGCAGUUUAGUCUGUAAAUGUAACAUCAAACAAUUGCAAUAUCAUCUUUCAUUUUUAUUUAUUUGUUUUUGUUACAUUUACAUGCUAUACUAACGGGAAAACGUACGUUAGUUUCAAAUCCUAAUCUAUGUACAUAAUAACCACAUGAAUUCAACAAACAUUAAAUGCAUUUUAUAUGCAAACGUCAUAUUUUGGUUACUAGACAUUAGCAAGUUUAAGGUAAAUAUUUUAAGUACUCCUUUUGUACAGAAAAUUAAAAUGUAAAUAAACUA